AUGGGCUCGGAGCUGGAUGAUGCUGACACUGCCAGGCCCCGGGCCGCCCUCCUGGAGAAGCACCCGCUGGAGGGGGAGAAGCAGCGGCCCGGCACCGGGCAGGGCCCCUUCUUCUACAUCGGAGGCACCGACGGGGCCGCAAUGCCCCGGCCCAGCCUCGCUCCGCGGCCCACAACCCCGCGGCCCCCAGGUCACCGCCGCCCCUCGCCCCUGCAGAAUCAGCUCCUAUUGCAAAAGCAAGGGCUGGCAGCGCAUCCAGGACAGCCGGCGGGAAGACUACAAGCUCAAGUGGUGCGAGGUCAAGUGCAGGGACACCUACUGCAGCUUCCGGGAAGAUCUGGAAAGGACACGACACCCGCCCCAGAAGAGCUCAUGUGGAGCAGCUCAGGACACCUUGGGCCACAGAGCGUCCUGAAAAUGGAAGACUUUUUCCCAGAGACCUACCGUCUGGACAUCAGGGACGAGAGAGAGGCUUUCUUUACCCUCUUUGAUGCUCUCUCCGCAGAAACCCAGAUGUGGAUCUGCAAGCCCACCGCCUCCAACCAGGGCAAAGGCAUCUUUCUGCUCCGGAACCAGGAGGAAGUCGCCGCCCUCCAAGCCAAGACCCAGAGCAUCGAGGACGACCCCAUCUACCGCAAGAUGCCCUUCCGGGCGCCUCAGGCGCGGGUCGUGCAGAGGUUUUGCGCGUGGGCACCCCGAGGGGCGUUGGCCAGGUACAUCCAGAACCCUCUGCUGCUGGAUGGGAAGAAGUUCGACGUGCGCUCCUACCUGCUCAUCGCCUGCACCAUGCCCUACAUGGUCUUCUUCGGCCAUGGCUACGCUCGCCUCACCCUCGGCCUUUAUGAUCCCCAUUCCAGCGACCUCUGUGGCCACUUAACCAACCAGUUCAUGCAGAAGAAGAGCCCCCUGUACCUGCUGCUCAAGGACGACACGGUGUGGAGCAUGGAGCACCUUAACCGCCACAUCAACGACAAGUUCCGCAAGGCCAAGCGCCUCCCCCGGGACUGGGUCUUCACCACCUUCGCGAAGCGGAUGCAGCAGAUCAUGGCCCACUGCUUCCUGUCUGUCAAAUCCAAGCUCAAGUGCAAGCUGGGCUACUUUGACCUCAUUGGUUGUGACUUCUUGAUUGAUGAAAACUUCAAGGUGUGGCUGCUGGAGAUGAACUCCAACCCUGCCCUGCACACCAACUGUGAAGUCCUGAAAGAGACCUGGCACUCGAGACCUUCCAGAAGAGGCUGCGCGGCCAGAAGAUGCUGCCGCUGCUGUCCCAGCGCCACUUCGUGCUCCUGCACAACGGCGAGGCAGACCUGUGGCCGCGCCCCGGGAGCUCCCGCAGCGUCCCCCGCCCGCCGUCGCCGCCGCCCGCCGCGUCCCCCGCUCUCCGCGCCGCCGGCAGGCCGGGCGCGCGCAGGCCCGCACCACGCCGGGGCCCCAGCGGCGCGCCCGGGCGGCCCUCCUCCGCACAGCGGCGCCCCCGGCCUCCGACCCCCGGCCCCGACGGCGCCCAGGGCGGGGACCCCGAGGCCCCGGGCGGCGGGGAGCCGGCGCGGGAGCCUUCCCCGGGGUCGUCGGAGGAGGAGCGCAAGAACGCGGGCCACCGGCGCCCUCGCGGGGGCCUAUAAAAGCUGCUUUUUUGUUACAAACGCGACCUCUGCAGCUGGUCUGCGGGUUCCCCGCACACCGGGCCCCGAGACCCCCUCCGGCAGCCUCCCUGCGCCCCGUGAGCCGCUACUCCACUGCUGGGGCCCGUCCCUGGGGGGACACGAGGGUCGAGGGAUGGGGGUGUCUGCCCGGCAGGAAAGGGAGAUGAGGCCCCCCGUGCCCCUGACUCUGCCCACCGUGGGCUGCUUCCAGUUCCUGGGCCCCCUCACCUACGGCCCUCGUCCACCCACCCUGCAAUCUCACAACCCACCUGACCUCUACUGCCUGGGUCGGUGGUCCCCAGGAAAGGCGCCCAGUGUCCCCCAGUCAAGGGUCUAGAGCCUCACGGACCCCUCUCGAUUCCCAUAGGAAGGCUUCCUCACACCCAACAUGUUCCUCCGAGCUGCGGUCCCCGCCCUGCCCAGGCUCAGCUCCUUUCUGGGCCUUCGGAGCACCAGUGCCCUGAGCUCUCCUCCACCUGCGGCGCCCGGACUCUACAGCAGGCAGAGACCUGCAGAGGCCGGGAGGACCCAGGCUGUGGGUGACCGGCAUAUGGUCGUGGCAGGACAGCGCCCUGAGGGAAGUGCCGAGCCAGCAGGUCCCUGUGUGCCCUGUGUGCCCAGCCUCAAGGCUACUAGGAGAUUCAGGGCCUCUCAUGUGUCCACACCCCUGCCACCAAGCGUCCUGGGGCAGCCAUAAUCCCCUCUCCACCCUGGCCUUCCCCACCCCCCCCAGUCCAGACCCCAGGGUCUGGGCAGCCCCAUCCCUAGGCCCACCCUAGCUGUCACACCGUCCCCCUGCCCUCACCUCUCCAAACGGUCACCGCCAAGCCACAUGCCCUCCUCCUGCCCUGCACACCCUCACUCAGUACCUCAGCGGGCUCCACCAAGGGGGGAGGGGCCGCCGGGACCCCUGCUGUGCCCUGCAUUGGCGUGCUGGUGGGACCCGAGGGGCACCGACCUGUCCUUCCCCGCUGCCCCCCCACUCCUUUCCCAGGGAUGCAACGGCCACAGCACCGCUAGAGGGCGGCGGGCACUGACCGCCGAGCCUCCGGCCAGCCCACUGGAGGUAUGCAGCCAGGGAGCCAGGGAGCCAGGGAGAGAAGAGCCAGAUGGAAAGCGGGGCUCAGAGAGGUAGAGUCAGUCCUCCCAGGUCACAGAGCCAGUGAGGGGCCCAGGCCAGGGCUCACCUGCCUUGUCACUCACAGCCCACCCACCCUCCCACCACCACUGCACCCCGUCGUCGUCCUGCUGCUGUGGCCCAGAGUGUGGGGUCCCCAGGGCAGGAGCACACUUGUCACUGGGUGACUGCGGUCUGGGAACCCUGAGUCCCCCCCCCAGUAUGUCUGGUGGUCUCUCCAUGAGGGGUCAAGCCCAGCACUGCGUCCUCUGCAGCCUGCUGGCCAGCUCUGUGUCUGAAGACCCGUCUCCAUCAGGGAGAGGUGGCCUCCUGGGUGGGCAGAGCACACCCAGGUCUUUGUAAAACCCACGCCUGUGUCUUCGGGGUCAGGACCACUUUCCUUGCUGGCAUCCAGGACACUACACAGCCAUGUCACCUCGGGGUCACCCCCUUAACUCGCCCAAGGGGCCUCUAGACCCCAUGUCUCAUCUCUGAGGCCUCUCCCACCCCCUCCUCACAUCCUGCCCACGGGGCCUCUGCCCACGCUGUCCUGUGGCUCACGAUGUGGCCCGUGGUGGCAGCAGUGCUGCUCCAGGACCUUCCAGCUCUCCUCCAGCCUCGGCGGGACUGUUCCCCUGCUGGUCAGGGCGGUGUCUACGGAGGCGACCCGAUCCUCAGGGAGCAGCUGUCCCUGCCGCCUCCAUCAUCCCUGGGCCCUGAGUGCGUGCAAUGGCCCACAGGGACUGUGGUGGGCUAAGAAGUGCAUGUCCUGACUGGACCUCCGCCCCCGGGCUCCCCCAAAGCCCUGGACUGUCUGCUGCUCUUGGGCGCCUGGUUACCCCAAGAGCCUGGAGAUCAAUAAAUGAGGUUUCCUUGCUA